AUGGGCAAGCAGAACAGCAAGCUGGCCCCGGAGGUGAUGGAGGACCUGGUGAAGAGCACCGAGUUCAACGAGCACGAGCUCAAGCAGUGGUACAAGGGCUUCCUCAAGGACUGCCCCAGCGGCCGCCUCAACCUGGAGGAGUUCCAGCAGCUCUACGUCAAGUUCUUCCCCUACGGAGAUGCUUCCAAGUUUGCCCAGCACGCCUUCCGGACCUUCGACAAGAACGGCGACGGCACCAUCGACUUCCGAGAGUUCAUCUGCGCCCUGUCCAUCACCUCCAGGGGCAGCUUUGAGCAGAAGCUCAACUGGGCCUUCAACAUGUACGACCUGGAUGGGGACGGCAAGAUCACCAGGGUGGAGAUGCUGGAGAUCAUUGAGGCGAUCUACAAGAUGGUGGGCACCGUCAUCAUGAUGAAGAUGAACGAGGACGGGCUGACGCCGGAGCAGCGCGUGGACAAGAUCUUCAGCAAGAUGGACAAGAACAAAGACGACCAGAUCACGCUGGACGAGUUCAAAGAGGCGGCCAAGAGCGACCCCUCCAUCGUGUUGCUGCUGCAGUGUGACAUUCAGAAAUGAGCCCACCCGGCCCCCCAGGACUUGCCCACUCGCUCGCUCACUCGCUCACACCCACACUCACACUCACGCUCACACUCACCACAUUGCUUGGACUCCCCGUGUCCGUGGAUUUGCUUUCUGUGUCCGAAACACUCGUGUGCAUGAGAAUUUCAUUUGCUCCAGAUUUUCAGUCUCUACUAUGGGAAGAAAACGAAGAGGAGCCGAAGCUGCGCCACGUGCCGUGUGCGCCGCCCUCGCGUGGCGGCCCCCGUGUCCCCCGACCAUCUCAGUGACUGUUGGAUCCCCGCCGUGUCGCCGUCCCGCCCCGCUGCCAUCUCCCUGAAUGUUGAUGUUCCUCAUCUGCAUGCUGGCUCCCGGCCCGGGCCGCCCCCUCCAUCCGGCCCGCUGCAUCUCUGCCAUGGGAAGACCCACGUCCGAGGAAUGCCGUAUCCCGUGUAAAGCCCCCCCUCUGUCCGUGUGUCUCUCUAGCCCCCCCCCGCCCCCGCAGACCCCAGCUACUUCCUGGAAGUCCGGCGAAGCGGCCAGUGGAAGCGCAUGGAUGUCCGCUUGGACUUUCAGGAGCUUCCCAAGAGCUUGCAAUCAAUGUGUGUCCCAAAUAAAUUUCUAAUAUUUGAC